AUGGUGUUGGUAAUGAAGGACCCCGAGCUCUUCACGAUGCCCAGUCUUACUGAAAUUGAUUCCCAGAUUGCUACUUCCCCCUCCCUAAUACUAGAAAACACUGCAUUGGGCCUUUAUUUUUCCCGGGACACUUACUCAGAAAAACUCUAUGUUGAUGAACCUGCUGGAACGCCCCUGCUCUACGUUCAUGCCUUACAGGAUGCCAGAGGGGAGGUGCCCCACUUCCACCUGGGGCAGCACCUCUAUAGCACCUAUCGAUCUCAGUCACACAAGAAUGACUGGUUCCAAAUUAAUGAAGACACAGGACUUCUCUACCUCAACCAAAGUCUAGACCAGAGGGCCUUGGAGAAACUGAGUGCUCGAAAUGGAGGAUUUCCCUUACGUACCAUCUACCUUCAAGUGUUCCUCUCACCCAAGCCCUUCCAGGAACAUGAGUGCCAUUGGCCAAACUGUGCCAAAGUGAUGCUAUUUGUCAUCAAUGCCACCAUGCCAGCCUGUAGCUCCCUGAAGCCCAGGGAAUUCUGCUUUUUGGAGACAGGGCUCUCAUUCCGCAUCAAGGAGAAUAAGCCACCAGGCACUUUCCACCAGUUCCGUUUACUUCCUGUACAGCACCUGUGCCCAAAUAUCAGCAUUUCCUACCAGUUCCUUAGAGAUGAAGACCUUCCCUUCCAUUCUGAUAAGGACACUAUGGAGGUGAGCAUGAGGCACUCUCUGGAUCGGGAACAAAAGGAAAAGUAUGAGCUGAUUGCCAAGUGCACAGUUCGGGAUGGUUUGCGAGAAGAAGAUGUGAUGGCGCCAUUUCCCGUGACUGUAUAUGAUGAGGACGAUUCACCACCCAAUUUUCCCACUGGCAUCAACACAGCCAAUGCAGUUGUGGAGUACAAACGGAGAGAGGGUACAGUGUUGGCAGUGCUACAGGUCUUCGAUGCAGAUGUGGUGCCAUCCUCUGGAGAAAUCCAAAGAAAAUACACACACACCAUGCUAACCAGUGAUCCUUGGGUCACCGAAUUCUUCCGGGUGGAGCACUAUCCAAAUGAGACUUCUUAUACCUCUAAUGGAAGCCGUGUGCGCGCCAUGAUGCACGACUACAAACUUGUGCUCAACCGAAGCCUCCCUAUCACAGAGAGCCGUUCUUUCCAGCUAGAAGUCCUGGUGAAUGACACUGAUUUCCAGGGUCCUCGAGGGGCUCUCCUGCUCUAUUUCAACGUGUCCAUCCUACCUGUUAGCAUACGGUUCCCAAACACCUCCUACUGUUUCUCAGUAAAUAGGAAUGCUCAUCGAUAUGCCCAGAUUGGAAAAGUUUGCAUUGAAAACUGCAAGGAGUUCCAUGGAGUAAAUGUUACCUACAGGCUGCAGUCUCCCAGCACUAACUGCACAGCUCUGGGCAUCAUCACCACCCCAGAAAGCACCACAGGGACUCUGUUUGUGAAUGACUCCUCUGUGCUGCAAAGGUCAGAAUGCACAGAGAUGCAGUACACGGUGGUUGCAUCAGACAGACAGAGCAAGAAACAGGCCAAAACACUGCUUAUUAUCUCAAUAGAAGGAAAUUAUUUCCCUGAAGAGGAGGGCUGUCCUAUCUCAUGUGCUGUGAACAAGAAACGUUUGGAGUGUGAGGAAUGUGGUGGCUUAGGCGCCCUGAUGGGCACAUGCCAGUGGAGACAGGGGGAUGGCAAAGGAAUUUCCAAGAACUAUUCAACCUGCACACCAAGCCUCAAGACUUGUCCUGAUGGUAACUGUGAUGCUGUGGAAAGCCGAGAUCUUCAUAUUUGCCCUCAAGAUUGCAUACGGGGAGACAUUAUUGGUGGCCAUGAGAGAGGAGAGUGGAAAGGAAUCAAGGCUGGAUAUGGAGUCUGCAACUGCUUUCCAGAAGAAAAGAAGUGUUUCUGUGAGCCCGAUGAUGACAAAGAACCGCUGUGCGAUGAAGUCUGCAGGAUGGUCAUUGCCGUCGCUAUCCUCUUCUCCUUCAUUUUUUCUGUGUUACUCUCUUCGUACUUCAUCCGUCGCUACCACAAGAACUCCCACAAGCCACCCAUUGCCUCUGCAGAGAUGACCUUCAGGAGGCCGGCUCAGGCCUACCCCAUCAGCUAUUCUUCCUCCAAUGUUCGCCGGCCAUCCCUAGACUCCAUGGAGAACCAGGUCUCAGUGGAUGCCUUCAAGAUCCCGGAGGAUCCAAAGUGGGAAUUUCCUCGGAAGAAUUUAGUUCUUGGAAAAACCCUAGGAGAAGGAGAGUUUGGAAAGGUCGUCAAGGCAACAGCUUUCCAACUCAAAGGAAAAGCUGGCUAUACCACUGUGGCAGUGAAAAUGCUGAAAGAAAAUGCCUCUCCAAGUGAGCUCAGGGAUCUGCUGUCUGAAUUUAACCUGCUAAAACAGGUCAACCACCCCCACGUUAUUAAACUCUAUGGAGCCUGCAGUCAGGAUGAUCAGCAAAUAGAUUCAGAGAAGGAUGGUCGAAUUCCUGUAAAGUGGAUGGCAAUUGAGUCUCUUUUUGAUCAUAUCUACACAACCCAAAGUGAUGUGUGGUCAUUUGGUGUGCUUCUCUGGGAGAUUGUGACCCUAGGAGGAAACCCCUAUCCUGGUAUUCCCCCUGAACGUCUCUUUAACCUUCUGAAAACGGGCUAUCGAAUGGAGAGGCCUGAAAACUGCAGUGAAGAAAUGUACAAUCUGAUGUUGCACUGCUGGAAGCAGGAGCCAGAUAAGAGGCCAACAUUUGGUGAGAUCAGCAAAGACCUAGAGAAAAUGAUGGUGAAGAGUAGGGACUACUUGGACCUUGCAGCUUCUACUCCAUCUGAUUCCUUACUUUAUGAUGAUGGCCUUUCAGAAGAGGAGACACCCCUCGUGGACUGUAAUAAUGCUCCCCUCCCUCGAACCCUCCCUUCCACAUGGAUUGAAAACAAACUCUAUGGCAUGCCAUACCCGAACUGGCCUGAGGAGAGUCCUGUACCACUCACAAGAUUCGAUGGCACUAACUCUGUGUUCCCAAGAUAUGCAAAUGAUAGUGUAUAUGCUAACUGGAUGGUUUCCCCCUCAGCGGCAAAAUUAAUGGACAAGUUUAAUAGUUAA